CGGAGGCGACUGGGCGGGCAGGGAGGUACGUGGGGCAGGGGAAAGUGCCUGGCAUUUUCGCUGAGUGUCAUGGAGUGGUUGGUGGUAGGCGCCCGAGUUUUUUUUUGUUUCUCUCUGGGCCCCCAUGCACAUGAACCCAGGCCCAACAGAAGUCCACCUCCUUGCAUCGCACAACUCCAAAUACCUCAUUUUCUCUUUUUCAACACAUUAUUCUCACGUUCGGGGUUGACCCAAGUUCUUCUCCCACCCCAUUCACCACACUCUUUUCCAGAGCAUGACGGACCGGUGCAUAAAUUAGUGUGCAAAUCGGUAGGCAUGUAGCAAUCCUGCCGGCGCUUCUAUGGGACCUCUAGAAAUCCCACCCCGCUGCUUGUGCUAAGAGGACGCCUGGCCGUCGCAAGGACAAGACCAGUCAUCUGGACAGGCUUUGCUUGUGGCUUCCCAGUCUUUAGAGGUCUGGUGGAUGGCUUAAAGGGACAGUGUCUUGGUUGUCCAAUGAGGCUUGCUAGGUACAGUGCCUCUUUGGCUUCUGGAGUUUGCUUAACACAAUUCUGCUGAGUCUUACUGUCUUCAUCAUGAGCCCAAGGAAUACAGAGGGCUGGACCAGUGCUGUGGCCUCUUUCCGUUCGUGCCCCACAGCCUUCCUUUCCGCCUAUGGGGCCAAUGACACCUUUGUAUCUGAACUGUUGCAGGAUCUGCACAAUGAAAAACUUGGGGAGCAGAUCAAGGUCUCCAUGUUGUCACUCUUCUUGGAAUACCCCACUCUGUUGUGCCCAGAUGACAAGAUGGGGCAAGAAGCCGCAGCAUCCUUGCUGUCCCUUUUUGCCCAGCUGGGCUCCUCGCCUAAACUGCUGUCUCUGCGGUGCAACCUGCUUUUUGCCAUGGGGACUGUGCUGCUGGCCACAGAGGCCUUUGCCGAGGGCUGCCCAACUUCCCACGAAUACCUCUCCCUGCUCUUUCACCUGGCUUUGGACCUCAACGACCGGCAUGGGGGGUCUGCAGAAAGACCCGUACGGGUAGCUGCUUGUGAGUGCCUGAGAGAGGUGGAGUGUUGCCACCCUGGCUUGCUGUCACGGCGCUUGGAGACCCUGCGUACCUUGCAGCAACAGGAAACCUCCCUGGCCCAUCAGGGUUACACCUUGCUCUAUAGUUUGGCUUUGCGGAACGCGAUCUUGCUACUUGCGCGGGGUGGCCAGGGAACCCUGGGGGAACUUCUGGCAGGCAGCGAGGGUCUGGUCUGGGAGGCUACAAAGGAGCUGGGUGACCUAUCCUUGGCCGCUAUUGACCAGCUGCUUCUGAUGCCGUCCUCGGGGGACCUCAAGGAGUUGAAAUCGGUGGUCUCGGCUCUGUUGGACAGCUCUUACCUUCUGUCCCCAGCCGCUCAAAGCCACCUCCUGUGGCACUUGGCCCAAGCCAUGAGCAUCGUGCGCACGCAGUCUCCGGCCAUCUUCAAAGCCCAGCUGGUGCGACUCUUUGGCACAGCCGACGUGGCGCUGCUGCACGCCAUCCUGCAACUCAAGUCCCUCUUCACAGACAGCCUCUUCACUGCCGAAGAUGAGGCUUUCUUGCUUCGCCGCCUGGUGGGCAUGGCCCAACACCCGGCUUUGCCCGCUCCGGUGAAACUCUUCCACCUGGAUUGCCUCUUGCACUUCCCUGAGAACCGGCCACUGGGCUCGGGCAUGGAGGAGGGCCUGCCGGUUUUGCUCACACCCCGCACGAUUUCUGGCCUUUUCCCCGGGCUCUUCCAGGAUCAGGGCUCCAUCUUGGCACGGCUGAACUUGCUGUGUCUGGUGUGCAUGGAGAGCGAGGGGCCUGCUGCCGAACAAGGGGUGAGCUACCUCUUGGAGCACGUGCUGGCUCUUGGGGGACUGGUGGCCGGGGGAGGUGGGCAGGAGGCCUCCCGGCUCUUUUUCCGAGCAGCGUUCCUUUUUUCCCGGUAUUUUGGCUCCCGAGCACAGCCCAUGGGAGAGCUGACCCGCUGCCUCUUGGAUCUCUAUCGUCAGAACUGUGCUCUGGCACCAAACAUUAUCAACUUCUUGGACGAAGUGUGGGUGGUGCUGGAAGAGCCCAGCUGGGCUGGUUCCUUUGCUCACGCAUUGCAAGAGCUGAUAGUGGGGUUGCCCUUGCAAGAGAGGGAGCUGAGCUGGCAUCUCAAAGUCUUGGCCAGGUUGGCAAAGGAGAAGGGCAUUCCCCAAAGGAGCACCAUGCAGUUUCUGAGGCGUUUGGUUGCCUUGGACCAACUAGGCGACUGGCGCUCGGGACAGAUUCUCCUGAGCGUCUGCCGCAAUUUGAUGCAGCUCCAGCCACUGCCUGCUCCGUACCAGCUGGCAGACCUCCUGCAGGCUGUCUCCCUCUGCCACGUGGAUGUCGAUGUCCGAGACCGGGCUCGGUUCUACUACACCCUGCUGGCCAGCCUCUCCAACGAGAAACUUGGGGCUGUGCUGGCCCCACAAGGCCCCAUCAAGGCCCGGACGCUCUCCUCCUCCAUCGUGGCUGACAGCGAGAGCUUUGUGGCUUCUCUGACGGUGCACCCAGCUGAGCGAGCCCCCAUGCGGCUGGAAAGGGUGGGGAAGAGCAGCGAACUGCCUGCAGCCCCCUGCACCGAGCAAGAUGUGGACAGCUAUUGCCAGUGGUUGCUGGAGCCGCGGCCCCCCUCACAGCUGAAUUUGAUGUACCGGCUGGUCCACACAGGUCCCCCUAGUCCCCCCUGCGACCUCCUGCUUUGCGUGGUGCUGCGUUUUGUGUGCUCUGACCGGCAUUAUGAGCCUGUGCCAGAACUGUGUGUGCCCUGCCUCUCGGCAAGCCGUCCACCCCAGCCUGUGACCCUGACACUGCAGCCACGUUGUCCCUACCCCACACAUGUCUACGUCUUUGUGGUGUAUACAACUCAGAAGGGCCUUACCCAGUGCAGCCAGCUGGAGCCACUGGAAGUAGCUUUUCCCGAUUUCUUCUUGCCCCUGAAGCUGCCAGCUUGGCCCCCUGAGAAGCGACACCAACUCUUUGGCGCUCUUUGGCACCGGCUUUGCCCAGACAGCAACAAGACUUGUGCCGAAAGCCUCAUCUGCUGGCCUGUGGCCCCUCCGUCCCUGAGGCACUUGGUACAGGAUCAUUUUGCCAGGUACAUUCUAGCCGAACAGUCAGGCUCGUAUGAAAUCGGCAUGGCUCUGCCGCCGCAGUACCACAUCCUGCUGCAAGUGCAAAGCGUUGAAGACACUGCCCGAGUGAGCAUCCGAACAGACAACUGGAAGCUCUUGCCUUCCCUAAACAGCUACUUGCGGGGUCUGGUGGAGGCAGGGUGAGGGGGAAGAAAGACUGACCGUUGGCUGAACUCUGGCUGGGAUGUGCGUAUGUAAAAAAAAAAAUUGUUCUAACAAAAAAUAAAAAUCUUUUUGCAAGUCA